AUGCCUUCAGCCGCGCCAGCUUUACCAACCAAGCAAACAGCUAUCGUGGCUACGGGACCGGGAGCGCUGGCCAUCUCAAAUGAUCAGCCAGUACCGAAGCUCGGCCCGAAGAUGGUCAUCGUACGGACAGUUGCGGUGGCUCUCAAUCCAGCAGACGCGAAAAUGGUAGACUACUCUCCAACACCGGGUGCCAUCAACGGAUAUGAUUUUGCUGGGGAGAUAGUCGCUAUUGGUGCCGAAGUGACCAGGCCAGACCUACUGGUCGGCGACCGAGUCUGCGGCAUGGUCCACGGCAUGAACGCUCUGAAUCCGAAAGCAGGGGCUUUUGCCCAGUACAUCGGUGCUGAGCCAGAGUUCCUGCUCAAUAUUCCAGACGGCAUGUCUUACGAAGCGGCUGCUUCCCUCGGUACGGGUGUUGCCACCGCCGGCAUGGCACUGUUUCAUUAUCUCGGAAUUCUCGACAACCCGGCCAAACCAGCUGCCAAGCCUUUCUUCGUAAUCGUCUAUGGAGCGAGCACGGCGACUGGUACUAUGGCGAUCCAACUAUUGAAGCUUGCCAAUCUGCGUCCGGUAGCUAUUUGUUCACCACACAACUUCGAUCUCGUCAAGUCGUAUGGAGCUGAAGUCACAUUUGACUACAACUCUCCGACCUGUGCGGAAGACGUGCGGGCUUAUACCGUCAAUACGUUCUUCUACGCGUUAGACUGCAUUACCGAGGCGAGCACAAUGGCGAUCUGUUAUGGUGCGAUCGGGCGCGCAGGAGGAAAGUACUGCGGCCUGGAACCAUACCCAGAGAGACAGAAUACUCGGAAAGCAGUCAAACCGGAUUGGGUAAUGGGGCUGAGUAUAUUUGGGAAAAAGGUCGCUUUGGAUGGCGCUUUCGGACGCGAGGAGCGACCGCAGGAUCGUGAAUGGGGCGUUGCUUGGUUUCAGACUCUGCAGGGACUGCUGGAUGGAGGUCGACUCCAGACGCACCCGUUGCAAGUCGGCGUUGGGGGGUUUGACGGUGUUAUGCAGGGAAUUGAAUUGCUAAGAAAGAAGGCGGUCUCGGGACAGAAACUUGUUUAUAGUGUUCAGUAG